AAAGCAUUACAUUUUUAUAUAGACACCGUAUCAUAGUGCCCCCCAAUAAAUUAAAUCAAAGUGCCCUAAGAUAUUUAGCAUGAAAAAAUGGCAUCAUCAUACGUCUUCACGGUGGUGUUAUUGGACAGCAUAUUGGUUCCGGUGAGCCUCUUCCUCACCGUCGGCUACCAUGUCUAUCUCUUCCGCCGCCUCAAGCACAAUCCCGCCGCCACUUCCGCCGGCAUCAACAUGCUUCAGCGCAGAUCCUGGCUUCAGCAUUACGAUCAGGCAAAUGAAAAGAAUGGAAUGUUAGUCGUGCAAAGCUUGAGAAACGGCCUAAUGGAAACAAUCCUCACAGCUACUAUAACUAUCAUAGUGGUCAUUUCACUAGCAGCCCUCACUAACAACGUCUUCAAUGUUACAUCUCUCCACCACUACCUUCAUGCCCCAUUGUUGGGACUACAACAUUCCAAUGACAUCAUCAUGCUAAAGUUCUGCACCACUACCUUUUUCUUACUGGCUAGCUUCAUGUGCAGCUCCUUAGCGAUUGGGUACUUUGUCGAUGCAAACAUUUUGGUGAAUGCAUUGGGAGAGUUUUCAACAUGUCUAUCAUCGCAGUUAUACUUACAGACAAUGUUGGAACGGGGAUUCAUGUUUUCCUUGAUAGCAAAUAGAAUGUUUUGUAUGUCAUUUCCUAUGAUGUUGUGGAUGUUUGGCCCUAUGACGGUCUUGAUUUCCACUCUCACGCUGAUCUGGGCCCUUUAUUCUCUUGAUUUUGUUGCAAUCACUGGGACAUCUUCAACAUCGCAUGUGUCAUAAAUUAUUGACCAGUAUUACAAAGUUAUUUUUAUUAAUC